AUGGUGCAACUUGAAAGUGAUGAAGUACAGGUUGAAGAGGACAAAUGGAAAUAUGCAUUAAUAGCACAUGUAAUUGGUGAAUGUCCUGGUUUUAAUACUAUGAAUAGAUAUGGAAUGAUGAACUGGUCGAAAGGGGAGAAGCCUGAGGUGUUUCUUCAUGAUGAAGGAUACUACAUAAUCAAGUUUAAAAGCUUGAUAGACAUGAAUGAAGUGCUAUACUCAGGGCCUUAUACGAUUAGUAAUAGACCUAUAAUACUGAAACAAUGGAGUGCUGAGUUUGAGUUUGGUAAAGAGUUCCUAACUGAAAUACCACUAUGGGUAAACUUUCCAAAAUUGCCAUUAAAUUGUUGGGGAGCUGGAUCUCUGAGUCGCAUAGCUAGUGCAAUAGGUGUGCCAUUGUUUGCUGAUGAAUGUACCACUAAACAGACUAGAAUCUCCUAUGCUAGAAUGUUGAUUGAGGUUAAUGUAACUAAACCUAUGCCUGAGAAGAUAGUAGUUAAGGAUCCAAAUGGUAGAACAUUUAUGCAAGAUGUGGUGAUGGAAUGGAAGCCUGUAUAUUGUGAUAAAUGUCAGAGAAUUGGACAUCAAUGUCAAGAUACAGCAAUGGAGGAACAGCCAAAGAAGAGAAGGCCCUGGAAAAAAGUUACACAGGCCUGGCAGUAUAAAGGGCCUAUUCAACAGAGGGGAAGAGGCAUGAAUAAGAGAUAUAAGCAGAAGGAAAUAAAGAAGUGUUUACAGAAUAAUAAAGUUACUUUGGCUGGCUUAAUUGAAACUAGAGUUAAAGAGAACAAUACUAGGACAACAAUUAAUAACAUAGCUGCAGGAUGGAACUGUUUGAACAACUACAAAGAUGCAGUACAUGGGAGAAUAUGGAUUAUAUGGGAUGAUAGCUGGUAUGAGGUUAAGCUGAUUACAAGUGCAGCUCAGAUGAUACAUUGUUAUAUACAAGAAAGAAGCAAAGGAUUCCAAUUUCAUCUCACAGUUGUGUAUGGAUUUAAUACCAUUGAGCAAAGAAAGAGAGAUUUUAAUGCUAUGUUGUCUCCCAAAGAUAGGUUAGCUGGAGUUCCUGUCAAUGAGAAUGAGAUAAAAGAUUUCUCAAAUUGUGUCAAGGUCAUGGGUCUUAAUGAGGUGCAAUGGAAAGGUAAUUACUAUACAUGGAACAACAAGCAGAGUGGUAAUGCAAGGAUUUCAAGCAGGAUUGAUAGAGCUUUUGGGAAUGAGGAUUGGAUGGAUAAAUAG